UCGACUUAUCACACUUGGCAUCCGUCCAUUUUUCCAGAAACGAGAUGAAAACGACAACUGCCUUGGCGUGGGCGUGUCUCCUCCUGGGGGCGUGGUCAUUUCGGGCAUCGGGGACUGACUACCGCGCUGAAGAUUACCAAAGUAACUGUUUUGUGGAAUCCAGUGGAGUGUCAUCGGUUGUCAAGUCCAGGAUCAUGUGUGCUAUGCGGUGUACCAUGGCGCGUUGUUCUCGCUUCAAUUUCUUGGAAGGAAACUGUACACUUUUCGACCAGGGGCUGGCCAGCGCGGCAGCCAGUCGUACCUACCGGAAGUUAAUGGCUGUCGAUGUUGCCUUUAACAAAACCACUUUAGCUUCUGGUUAUCACACAAUCUAUACUGCCGAUCGAGCUGUCGACGGAGACCUAGAGACGCAGUUUCAUUCCCUUGGGCGGAGCACUCCAUGGUGGCGGGUGGACCUUGGUGAAAACUAUUGCAUUCAGACCAUCGAUGUCUUGCCUCACAAAGAUGUCCCACACUGGUUUCGUUCCGUUGAGAUCCGUGCCGGUGUGAGUCCAGCUGAAGGGGACUUCUCUGGCUACACUCUCAUAGCCUCCUUUGCCGGGCCUUACAGUGGUGUCGGCAGACUUCUUUUCACACCACCCGGGCCUCUGGAAGUCAGGUACAUCAGCAUCCAGCUAUUUGCUUCUGAGUUUCUGAAUUUACAGGAUGUUAAAGUGAUGGUGUUGAUGAUGUAAGAUCCAGAGAGGUGAGCAUAAGGAGAGGAUGAAGACAAAAAGGAAGAUGAUGAAGUAGAAGAAGAAGACAACGAAGAAGAAGAAGGCAACGAGGAAGAAGACAAAGAAGAAGAAGGAGGAGAAGAAGAAGAAAAUAAAUGUGAUGGUUUCAUUCGUGUGAUUACAUAUUAGUUGAACUUAUAGGGAUACUUAACUACUUUUGAAAUAGCAGUAAAUGAUGGUGUUAAUAAUUCUUACUAUAAUUAUAUCAUCAUCAACAUCAUCAUCAUCAUCAUCAUCAUCAUCAUCAUCAUCAUCAUCAUUAUCAUCAACA